UCUCCUCUGCUUGUUCUCAUUCUAGCCAGUGAUGGUUGAUUUCGCAGCGGAAUAUAAGGAUCCACCUAUGGAAAGUUGGAAAGCAGCCCGUUUGCACUGGCAAAAUGUGAUAAACGGCACGAGUUUGGACUGAGUUAGCGCGCCAUUUGUGUCGUUCGCUUAGUUGUAGACGGCCUGGACUGCGAUUCUUUGCGCCAGCGGCGAACCAUCGCUAUUGUGUAAAGGGAGUAUGUUGUUGUGUGAGAGAAGAGGAAUCAUCGAUUUGCAAAUUCUGGGCCUGAGCGGCACAAGCUCGGAGAGAUGGAUCUGCUGCGCGGUCACCCGUUGCAACCCCGAUGGAUUAUAAAGUCGGUGUGAAUUUGUAGGAAAAAUCGGCUGCUCGCUCGGUGCCCCGGCCUGGCCUGUUGUGCUGCUGACGAAUCGGCCCGUGAUGGUGUGAAUCGCCCGCCGCUCGCUAACUCUCUCUCUCUCUCUAUCUGUGUGUGUGUGUGAGUGUCUCUCUCUCUCUCUUCCGCCCCCCAGGAAAACAGGCACCCCCGCUGCGUUGGUUGCUCUCGCGAUUGGCCGAACAGUCGAAAUUGCACCGCCGCCGAACCGAAAACCCCUGGUGACCAGUGAUUUCUGUGCUUUUUCCUCGCGCGGACGUGUGAGCCUCGUCGCCAGCAGCCGCGCCAGCUCCGACGGACUGAUUUCCGGACCGGAGAGUACUAUUGAUGAAAUCAGUGGACCAUUAAUCUCAACCAUGAGCUGUACACUCGGACAAAAUGGCACCUUUACUGUUCAGCGAAUCUCAGCUAGAAAGUCCUCCAAAGAUGUCCAGCGUGAAGACUGAGCAAGUGUACAUCUCGCCAGUGGCUCAGCAGGCAGCGCCGUCGGCGGCCAUCGGCAGCAGCGGCGGCCAGCUCUCGGUCAGCAGCAAGUGCCCAGCGGCGGCGGCGACAGCGCCCGAGGCCGAGGCGGCGGGCCCGCCGGGCGACAGCCGAGUUUUCGUGACGGUGACCACGACGGUGGUGCAGCGCGAGCAGCAGGCCGAGGAGCGCGCCUCCUUGUUCGUCCUCGCCAACAACGAGGGCUGCCGGCUGCGGACGACCACCACCACGUCCACCACGAUCGCCACCACCUCCCCGUCCAACAACAAGGGUGCCAACAACGCGGCCGCCGGCGUCGACGCGGCGCCGCAAGCCAACAACAACGCCAUGGCCGCCGUCGUCGCCGUUCCUAGGACUAACAACAAACCCUGCUGUUUUUGUUGGUGCUGUUGUUGUACCUGCUCAUGUCUGGCUGUCAAGUCCAGCGAUGAGCUCAACACAAAAAAUAAAGAGGCCAACUAUUUGGACUCGCUAACCUGUGAUGGAGAACCUCCGCCUACCCUUGAGGAUAUCAGAAGCUGGGGCCAUUCUUUCGACAAGCUUAUGAAAAGUGCAGCUGGUCGCAAGGUGUUCCGUGACUUUUUGAAGUGUGAAUACAGUGAAGAAAAUAUUUUAUUCUGGCUGGCCUGUGAGGAACUGAAGAAGGAAUCCAAUCCUGAAGUUGUUGAAGAAAAGGCAAGAUUUAUUUACGAAGAUUACAUCUCAAUACUCUCUCCAAAAGAGGUUAGCUUAGAUUCUAGAGUGAGAGAAAUAGUGAACAAGAACAUGGUGGACCCGACGCCGCACACGUUCGACGAGGCCCAGCUUCAGAUCUACACGCUCAUGCAUAGAGACUCGUACCCACGAUUUGUUAAUUCGCACAUAUUCAAAAGAUUAGCUCAGCUCAACAACAACUCAACAAUAACGUGCAGUGGACCAGGAGGUGCGGGGGGCGCAGGCUCGUCCAACUCGCCGCCCCCGGCGGGCAGCAGCUCGCGGAAGGAGAGCUUCGCGUAAUGCGCCCCUUCCGCCGCGGCUUCAGUCACAGUGGAUGAUGAUCCCCCGUAACAAAACGUUUAUGGAUUCGCAUGUUCGACAGAGACACGGACACUUGCGUUCAGCCAAAGUGCCGCGAACGACACACCCUCUGUGCACACCACCCCCACCACCAUCAACUUAAUUAAUCUUCUAGUCUUGACGCCCGUUGACAAUUAGCGAGACCAAUAAAGAGCGUGAACAAAAAAUGGAAUAAACGGAGAACGAAGCGUCCUGCAGCGGGAUUUCGGUGUUGGUCGCGCCGGAAGUGCCAGCUGGUUUGAUUGGAAUUUUAUAUUUCUCGUCGUAGCCCCUAAACUCAGCUUUACUCUCGACCCGACGACGAUUUGUGUUGAGGUCAAACCAACUGCUUCCGGUUCGCACACCUGCGCGCGAAUAUUACAAGUAUAUUAUGCAUGUUGUAUAGAAACUUUGAAGCAGGGGUCGCACGACGCAAGCCAAAGCAACUGAGAAAUGAGAUGAUAGACGUUAACAAACAAAACAAAAACCGCAAAAAGCAUGAAGAAGGGAGUCAUUGCGAACUACACCAAUGACUUUGUUAAAGCUUUAAUUAAAAUAGUGUCUAUAAUCCAAAUAAAACAAAAAACUGAGUGUGUAGUGAAAAUGCAGCAGCAGACGCGUGCGUGGAAUAAUGUCACGCAGUUCGAUGUUGUGCAAGUACUUACAAUAUAAUACCACCACGCAAUUGAUAUCUCUUGUCAAACUACUAAAGAAGCGGCGUAAAUACACGCUCGAAAUUAAUUCUCCUCGAUCCAGUUAACUCAGAAACCGAUUCAUUCUUGAAUGUGUUUGCUGUUCUACUGCUGUAUGAGAAAAAUAUGAGAACGUAACAAAACUCUGGUCCUUAUUAUUACGGAUAAUGCCACUAGUCUCUCGCCACACACGACGUAAGCAUUUAUAAUGAUGUGUAUGACAAAAACAGCAAAAAAGGUAUUUAUGUAGCCAUUAAAUUCAUUUCGAUUCGCAGCGAGCGUUCUAAUAAUAAUACUGGAAGUAAAUAAAUUAAUAAUUGCCAACUGCAGCGAGCGAGAGUGAACACAAACAUGAAAAAACCCAAGACGCCACUCUCAUUCAAGACAAAUUGUUGAAAGCAUUUGAGGAAACGUUUACACACACGUCUCGGCAUAAGUAAUUUUAACAAACCGCAGGUGGCUAAAUGAAAGGUUACACCUUAGGCAGUAAUUGAUUUUGACUUAACGAUGAGAUAUAUCCCAAGCAACGAGUUCUACAAAAUCACCUAAUUUUAUCUCUAAAUUAUACAAACCAUGUUAAGAAGUAUUGUGGAAUUGGAAAUCUAAAAAGUGAUAUCAGACAUGAUAUUGGCCUAUAGUCGAAUUCUCUUGUUAGACCCAGACCGUCUCAUUAGAGCCGCAAUUGGAGAGUGCCAAAUUCCCGGCGGAAAUAUAACAAAAAACAGAAAUCACACUGCGCUGCGGUCCUAAUUUUUCUCGCGAUCCUCCAGGGCCUAUUUGUUAUUCGUAAACCUUCGCGAGUGAUAUCACUUUUUAGCAAUUAAGAGGUCUCAAACGCACAAAAGAUUAGUCUCAAUUAAUGUUUCAAUGUCGAUUGCCUAAUUUAGUUGUUUGCAACAAUUCGCGAGCGGAGUCAACGAAAAGUAUACAUUGCAAACGCAAGAAAUGCUUCAUCUUCACUACCGAAAACAUUUUCUAAAAUCACGGGUUAAUUUUAUUUAGUUAAGUUAAGCGAGCUCAACUAAAAUUUUCGCUGCAGAUUCACAACACGUUUGCUUUGAUGAUAUCACAUACUCACGCGUGAUUUCGCUACUUUCUGUUUCCUGUCUCAAGCAGAUGAAUGAUCACACAUAAUUUUACGAUCUAUACAAAACAUAUGAAGCUGGUAAAAUUAAAAUCAUUAUUGUGUGGUGUUUGGAAAGAAGUUUGUUUCAACAGUGACACACAUGUGAUUGCAAACUAGCUCUUACUUAUGUAAAUUCGGUGUUUCGUGUUGAUUUAAAUGAGUGAGCAUGUUCAACACACAAAACACCACACACACACACACUCUCUCUCUCUCUCUUUUAUCUUUUCCUCUCUGGGUGGAUGAUUUUGCUGAUUGACUCAAUGUGAUGAUCUAAAAACUAAAUGUGUGAUCGCAGGGGUGAAAAAACAAUACAAUUAAAUACCUAACCCACUGGGAGAAAUUAAGGUUGACACAUGUCGUGCACGCAGGUUUCAUCGGGUUAGGGCGGUGCGAAACCAAAAUGUUACCAUUACGCGCGCUGAUUGUUGAACACCGCGGUUGACUGUUUAUUUUACUGGUCGUCUAUUUUGUAAAUCCGCGAGUUGUGUAUAAAAAUCGACGUGUUUAAAGAUUUUACUAUGUAGCUAAUCAUGAAAAUCGAGUGAGUGUGUGCGCUGCAAAAUGAUACGUAUGUGUUUGUUGACAUAAAGACGAUUUUCUUCAUAGGGUUGAUGGAACUUUUAUUGCCACGAACGAUGAGAACGGUGCCGGAGCAUCCAAUCUGCCAGAUUUAAAAGCACGUGCGAAAUUCCCCACCCCCUCAGAGUUUCUCACGCGCUUUUGCAGUGGAAGGCAGGUUGGAUCCGGCAUAGCCGUUCCUUAUUUCUUCAACCCCUAAAAUAUCAUCAUGUCGUUCAAUUUUAACCGAUAUCAAUACCGAAAUGGACCACACACGAAACAAAUGAUUAAUAUUUAUGAAUACACACGCGAGAAAAUUGGUUGUUGUUGAUUUUUGCAGUGCAGAAUCGAACAAUCCACUGUGAAAAAACUGGUUUAAUUUUGAUCGAACGCAUUUGUACCAAUCGCAAAAACUGUAAAUUAGACAAAAUGAUUAAUCGACCGAAUAGCUGCAAAUUUAAUCUUUGAACGGUUCAAAUCUACCUGCUACUUUAAAAUAGAAAACGAAUAAAAUUGUUAUAAGGAGAUCCAAUUAUCGCUGUUGAAAAGCUGCUUAAUUUUGUAUAAGCGCAAGAAAACUCACGAUUCAUCUUCGUAGCUGUUGAAACGAUGAAUUUUCUUCCCAAGGCAAUCACUCACACUGUGUACCAACCACGAAUCAACUCCAAUAACAAUAAAACAAAAAAGUUACACUUGAAUUGAGAUCGAUAUACAUGCAAUUGCGUAAUGAGUUCUCGUUUAGGCGACACGUUUGUUGAGAUUGCAUGCGAGUGGAAUGCGCGAAACCCCUCACUAACUAGGCGAUAAUGUGUAAGAUAUAAUAUUCUGUAUUGAUUGUUAGCAUUCCUACGUAUAAAUAUGCAAAUAUGCACACUUACAGACGGUGUUGUUGUGGAAAAACAGAAAAUAAAAAACACGAGAUAGUUGAGAACAAAAAAAUACGCGCAGCACAAAAUUAACAAUAAAAUAUAUAUAUGAAAAAUUUUACGUGGGCAAAUAAAGAUAGUUUACAAGCACACUUUUAGUACGACGGACAAAACCGAUUCCCAUUUCUGUCUCUCUUAAGUAAAAGUGUGUCUUUUGUAAGGAAAAAUACUACUUUUUUGAGGUAAAUUAUAGGGUCGAACAAACGUUUAUUCUGUGAAUUCGCCUGACACAAGAAAAUAAACUCUGUUGCAUUGUUAAGUGAACUUUGUUAUUGGUGUACUAAGCGCGAAAAAAGAAUUCAUUACUUAAUUACUAUGCAGGCAGACAUUGUGUAAAUUCACAGAGGUUGGUGUGUGGAUUCUAAUACAUAGCCAUUCAGUUGUUCAAUGAAUUUAUUGCUGUUAAAGUCUAUAUGAUGAUUCUACACACAAACUCAGAGAAUAAUGAAAUAAAAUUUGGAAAAUCCACUUGCGCGCUAAACGACACUACAGGUUACAAAUAACAUGAUUGUGACAUUUUACUUAAGGUAUAAAUAAUUAUUAAUUGAGCUGUUAUGUUGGAGCAUAUACAAGUAUAUCGAUCAAAUAUAUAUAAGUAACAAAAAUAGAACCAUAAUUAAGGAAUAAAGAAAAUGGAAUGAUGUGUAUGUAUGAGAAUAAAAUAUUAUAUAAAAUCCAGAAAA